AUUAAACUGAAAAUCAAAAAAAAAAAAAAAUAUUUACGGUAUAGUCUGUAUACUCAUCUCAUCACACUACAUCACCAAUGAGACUAUACUUUGACUCCGAACCCUAUCUCAAACCAUCAACAACCCAAAAGGGUUCACUCCAAUCGAGGAUCUUCUCUGAUCUGUUGAAAUCGUCGCCAAAACAAGUCUAUGCCUUAGUCUACUCAACACUCAAAUACCGUCCAUACAUCCAACAAGUGAUCAAGAAAUCAAAGAUUGAAACUUCUCCAAGCAUAAAGAAACUCCGUAUUUCCCGCGAAUUGCUCGAGAUGCUUGUUCAUGAUUUAUGUUUCAGUGCUCGUGGGAGAAUAAACAGCGGUAACCAUCCAAUUAAAACCGCAUUCUUGGAACACAAGACAAGAUUAGUUGCAGAAUUCACAAAAUUGAAAUUAAAGUAUAAAGUCAAGGAUGUGUCUGAAUUGGCAGUCGAAGAAGAGAACGACGAAACACCAGUGCGUUGGUUUAGAAUCAAUACUAUCAAGUGUAAUUCCGAAGACUUCUUUGACAAGCAUACCUGGUUUGCCAAAUUACAACCUGUAAACUCCAUCAAAGAUAUUACAGAUUGCGGAAUGAUAUACAAAGACGAUUACAUCCCCAAUCUUUACGGUAUUCAUCCAAAGGAGAAACUAACUUCAACUGAUGCAUACAAACUGGGAGAAGUUAUUAUUCAAGACCGUGCCAGUUGUUUCCCGGCCCAUAUCUUGAACGAAAUCAACGACUAUCAUGAUCAAGUAAUUGAUGCCUGUGCAGCACCAGGGAACAAAACUACACAUGCAGCAUCAUAUCUUGUCAAACCUGGCUCAAUAGUAUAUGCAUUUGAAAGAGACGCCAAACGUGCACAAAUUCUUAAAAAGAUGUGCGCUAUCGCAACAGGUGACAAAGACUUGAUUCACAUUACCCAUUGUGAUUUCACCAGUACUACUCCAUCAGAUUUCCCCGAAGUUACAGGAUUGGUGGUCGAUCCAUCCUGUAGUGGCUCGGGUAUUUUCGGACGUGCAUUACAGGAUUCUCUUAAUGAUAAUGCGGGCGAGGAUGAAGUUGACCUUGAAAGACUUAAUAAACUUGCUGGGUUCCAGUUCAAAAUUGUCAAGCAUGCCAUGUCGUUUCCUAAAGCUAGGAAAGUUGUUUAUUCAACAUGUUCGAUCCAUGCCACUGAAAACGAGCAAGUUGUGGUUGAUCUACUUAGAGACGGUGAAAUCAAAAAAAUGGGAUGGAAAUUGGCACCAAGAAGUAUGGUGCUUUCUAAUUGGGAGCGUCGUGGAUGGGAACAAGAAUUCACGUCGAUUGCUGCUACCAAUGAAGAAUGUGUUAAAUUGGCAGGCGGUUGUGUGAGGGCUAACCCUAAAGAAGAUGGAGGCAUUGGGUUUUUUGCUGCAUGUUUCAUCAGAGGCAAGAAUUAUGAUGAGACACAAAAUCAAGAUAUGGAAUACGAAGAUGUAAAGGAAGAACUAGAGGAAGAAGAAGAAGAAUGGACGGGGUUCGACUAAGGCAUUUUUCAGUACACCGGCAACAAAAAAGCCACAUUUAGCGGCCCGAAAAGGAAGGUUUGUGUUUGAUUCAUGGCGUACCUUAGAUAAUCUAUUGUCUCAUUGAAACCAGUUUUAUUUUCUGGCGGUAAUUAACUCGCGCGUUCGCCCGGAUUUAUUAGGGGGGAGGGAUAAUACCAAAAAAAAAGCCAAACAAUCGGGUGAAUGCUUGCGGUUUCCGGAAGGUGUAAUAUAAGCAAUAAAUCGUGCAUGAGGCAAGCCGUGGAAUUUAAUGCAUGUGUGCCGACGCUAUCUAUUAAUCCGACAUUAGUUAUGUAGUAGAUCUUAGAUAUAGAAUAUAAUAAUGAUAGACUAUUUUCAAAGAUAGAAAAAAAA